UGGUCUAAAUGAAAACAAAUCUUAAAGUCAGCAUCCCUCGUGUUGUAAACAUGGAAACGAAAAUCAAAUUCGGUAUCCGAAGAUAUCUCGGCUCGCCGGUUCACCAUGGAAACCUUCCGAGCCGGCCGAAAUGGAUUUAGUUCUUUCCCUCUACCGGAACUACUGACAACAUCCUUCUUCUGCACUACUCAUUUUACGAAAACAAACUGGUAUCCUAGCAAUGUCCUCCAGCCUCCCAUCAUCGAACGGAAAAAUGCCGGUAGUAAACAACCCGAAUCAACCAUGUGCUCGUUCGGUUUUAUGAAUGAAAGCACGUGGCAUUGUUUACCAACAAAAUGAGCCGAAGCCAGUGCGCAUACUCGGCUUUGUUGCAACUUUCGCGGAAAAAUUCCGAAAUCUGAAAGAUAAACGACGCCAGUUUCCAUCAGGGUUUUCCAUGGCCUUUUCUCACUUCUAGUCUGUCAAGGAAUCAGUAACCAUCUCCGGGAGCUUGUAACAAAAUGUCGUUUCACAUUCUGUGUCGUUUUAGUGCAAAUUGAAUCAUUCUAAAUGUAAGCUUUCGCAGCUAUCCACAAUCCAUCCAUCAACCUCUGAAAUCGCCGCAAAAGCAGCUAUUCUAAACUGUUGCCUCGAGCACCACUAGGGUGCCCCUCAGCACAACGACAUGGCUGCAACCAGUGACACCACAAAUCCAAUGGACGAAGGACUACAGGACCUGGGAGUGCCAGUGCCAGUUCAAACAUUCCUCUGGCAGCAGAUAGCCCCAUUCAUCCGGCCAAAGCUCGGCAAGUUACAUGAAGCCAGCUGUAUGUAUUGUCAACAUGCACCUGGACAUCAUGAGCUGAAGGAGGCGUGCAAGUCGUUCGAAAAGUCGCUGGUGCAAAACAUGUUCUAUGGGUUGUCACCAUCGCUCGAAUCGGCACUGAAAUCAAUUCCCCGCUGGAGACUGGUCCAGGCCGCCUUACCGCACGUCAUGCACUGUGCCGGUGCACUCAUGCACAAUCGGGUGAAGGAUUUACAACCGCUGGGGGCAGCCGAGACGAAAAUACUUUACACGCUCCAUUGGAUUUUACUGUUUGCAGCCGAAGAAUGUGCCGACGACGAUUUGGAAGCAAACAAGGAAGUCAAAGCCAAGCAGAGCUAUUUGUUCUCUAUACCCACUAUUUCGCUAUUCGUUUAUUUAUUUGCUCCUAUCGCUCAUAUGCUAAAAGAAUCCGACUUUCAAAACAUUCGACUGGAAAAUGGAUUGAAAAUGUGGCAAGGAAUGUGGGAAUAUCGAGCACCGAACGCUCCCUGUUUUACAGCACCUGUGAAACCCAAAGCACGAAAUUUCCUCAACUCAGUCAGUACAACACCAUCUGUGGAAGUAUUUUCACCAAAAAAACCGGAAACUGCGCAGCACGGAAUCGACUCACCUCCAAGUAUCUCGUUUUCCGAAACUCCUAAACAUGACGACGAGUUGUCCUACAUAUCGUCACCGAAGGACUCCGUAUUUCCCGAAACCAUACCUGAGGAAGCGUCUAGCGUUGAAGAGGAGAGAGUCGUUAUUUUUCAGUUGCCCGUGGGUGGUAAUUUGGCGGAUUCAUCGUUCUAUACUGCAGAUGCCAGUCUGCUGCAUCAAUCCACUAGUCGGAAAGCAGCGAAGCCGAUGCCUUUCGGCGGAAGAGAACGACCAGAUAAAAUAGCGACCAAAUUCGACUUCGACCGGAUUGAUACGUAUAGUAAAGGGGAGGACUCCAAGCCCAAAACAAGUUCUUCUACAGAGCGAGAGUCAUUGGAAACAGACCCAAAAUCCCCACAGUGCACAAAAGGAGACGUCGCAGCGGCUACAUUUCUUGAUGUAGCUGUGCUGCGAUGCUUGUUCAUAUCCCACUGGCAAGAAGACGGAGUGUACUGGAGUUUGCAUUACUUGAAUAACAGACUACGAGACAUCAGCGAAGAAACAUCGAUACCACCUUCGCAGCCAAGACGGCGAUCAAAUUCACUGCCGAUCCCGCAGAUAGAAAUUUCCCUAUACCAAGGGCCAAAUAGUAGCAACCGUGACAGCCCAAGUACGGGAUCGAUCAACAAAGACUACAUAGAGGUACCUGAACCACCGAUCAGUUCACUUCUUAUCGAUUCACCCUAUCAUGAGACGAAGCCGUCCAACGACGAACAAAGCACCCCUACCGCUGAACGCAAGGGCAGCGAGAAAAAGCGACGCGUGAAAAUGGCCGACUUGAGGACACUGAUUGAGACACGGAUUUUGUCCAAGUCUGACCGAGGUCUCGAGAAAAUCGGCCUGGAUGUUGGCGCCAAUGGAAAACGACUACAACAUUUGGAUUCUCAUCGCAGUUUAGAUACAGGAGAGAAACAAUUAUCUAGAUCCGCAUCCAUGAUUUCCCGCGCACCCUCAACCAACCUUGUUAAAGGAAAAAGCAUGCCCAGUCUAAGCUGUCUUCUAGAUAGCGGAUUCCACAGGUAUGUCGAACCACCCAAAGUGAUAAGGAACCCUCAACCACCAGCCAACCCACCACGUCCAGUGCAGCAGACUUCGCGUUACCCGAUCAUCACCGUUACCGAACACACACCGACCCCAUCACCGGAUUAUCUCAAGAGGCAGGGAUCCAUCGAUUCUCAACUGGAUGCGCUCAGCAUUGGAGGCAGCACAGGAGUUUUCAAGAGCCAAAUGCUAAGGUCACACACCGAUUCGCACAUAGGUUAUAACAGCGGAGCAGACGAAACGGAAGCGCCGGGCUCGAGUUUCUACAUUACCAAGGAGGGUGGCAUCGAUUACGAAAUUGUCCUUCUGGCGGUGCACUGUGUAUUCAAGCGCGACUCUAACAUUUGCACUUUACGAGUGCUGGAAACAGGGUUGAAUAUAUGCGAACUGCUGUUGGACUUGGGCGUGUUGAAACUGGGUGAACAUGCCCACACGCUGGCAAUGGGGAUUGUCAAGCGAGCACUGCUACACCUAGGGUGUCCCCAUGGCUGCAACGAUGGAAACCGCGUACCACCUGCCGAAGUGCUACGUACCGCUUGCCAUUCCAUUCUUUCUAGGCUUUUACGGCAAGCCUCGAAGCUAUCGAAAGCCUAUCUCCGAAGCAUGAUAAGGACGACUCAGCUGCAUGAACUCAUCGAAUUCUUCCACGCAUUUGUUGGCUUUUGCGUGGAUCCAAGUUCGCUACUUUCACCACUAAACCAUAAGAGACCAUCUGCCAUAAAAACGCUGACUCCUGACUUUGGCGGUAUAUCAGGCGGACAAGGUGGAUAUGCCACAAACUUUGGAAGUGGCCUAAGCGGAGGAGCAGAAAGCCAGGUCAUUGCUGCCGUGUUCAAGACACUGGUUAGUCGUUUCGUUGACGCUUUGAAGGAUUUGAAAGGUCAGGAAAAUAUUGCUCUGUAUUGUGAUGUCCGCCAGCUGGUAACAUAUGUGAAAGGCGCUCAUGGAGGACCGUUUAGGCGUGUCGCUUUGAGUGGCAUACUGGCAGUCACACCCAGACCUAACAAACAAUUGGCAAACAUGCAAACCACAAGAGUUAUUAGACAUAUUCCGGCCAACGACGCACAAACGUUUCAGCAGGAUGAAAAAAAUCAACGAAAACUGGUGUUCAAGAAGAAAAGCACAUCUUCAACGUGUGCAUUUGUACCACUAUUAUUGCAGAGUUUGUUGGAGACAGAGGGCUUGGAGGAACAUUGCCGAGCAAGUCAGAGCCCUCUUAGCAACUACAGACGUAAAGGGCUACCGACUAGGCCCACGCUGACCCCGAGGCACAGUGAAAGAGCUCUUCUUUCAGAUUCCACUUCAAGCUCGGAACGGAAUUCAGUUGGCAGAAUUAGCGGCAUAGUGCGCUGGUUCCGUGGGUCAAAAGAUCGUGAGUCCAUAGACCUGGAAUCCGGUCCUAUGGGAGGUAGUACUGAAAUUCAGACUUCAUUUAUGAGAAAAGGAUCCCUAACAUUCCAAGCAAGAACUCGAGCCACUGAUGGAAUAGGGAAGUCUAUUCAGCGUGCUCGGAAGCGUGUAGAACGUAGGCUUGGGCGAUUUGGGAUAGGUAAAGGAAAGAAGAAAAUGGGAGGCACCGAAGACACUUCAGGAAGCUAUUUUAGUCAUCGACCGUCACUGGAUAUGGGUGAAGGACCGCGAGAAUCCGAAGUCGUGGUGUUGAAAGAAAGGCGUCUGAUACCGAUAGAUCCUGUACGUGAAGGAAUGGCUAGAUUUUCGUUUUUGCUGGAAACCUGUGCUCCAGGAUCAAUUCCUGAUCCACCAUUGAUUGCCGCUUUGCUAGAACUGCCUCAGGCGCCUAUUGUAGCACGUGCCGCAUUACUAAUGGAAUGUGCCCAUUUCGUACACCUUUGCAAUCGAGGUCAAUGGCCAAGCUGGAUGAAGCAAAAUAUUCCUUCAUUCAGACCGUCGGGACCCGCAUUGGGCAACAGAUCGUCAUUGGCAGCUGGUGCCAGGCGAAUUCACAUUCUACAAAGAGCAGCAGGAAAAAUGUUUCAUCAGUGGGGAGAAGCAUUGGGUUUCCGCUUGGAUGAUAUGUUGAACAAUGAAAAGAAGAACCAUGACCAGGUCAAUGCUAGCCUUGGAGACCCGGAAAAACAAAAACAACUCUUGCAACAAGACGAAGAGGAAGAUUUCCUAGACGAAUUGAGUGUAAAUCCUCGUGGCAACGACUGUCCACCGGCAUUAAAGCUGGUAGCAUGCAUUUUAUUGCUGGAAAUCACUGGGUUCCUCCGAGAGACCUAUCAAACUUUGCCUAAAACAUCUAGAUUGUCCACUAAAGAGAAACAAGUUCCAUGGGAUAAGGUUUGUCGUGAAACCAACCGUCGAUGGUCGAUGGCUCUAAGUUCAAUGGGCCACUCUCAAACGUCUGCCCAAAGUCUACAGUCCAUCGCUGGUCAAACAGAGCGGAAGAUAUCAUUCGUUCUGCAGGAGCCAGAUAACGAAUCGGAGGGCAGUAGCAACACCACUCUUACAAUACAGGGCGAAGAAAUCGUACAACAAGCCCAAAAGCGUUCCAUUACCACUACGAGAAACUUCUUAUUGCGACGUGGAACAUCCACAACACCUGCCGGUGGUUCCUUUAAACGAAGAUCAUUGAAGUUGCGGCGUGCACCCAAGGAUCUGAAGGAUAAUGACGAUUAUCCUGUGAAGCGAACCGACUCGAUACAAUCCCGAAGAAAGGUAUCCUCUUUGUCGGAUCGCAGCGACAAUUCUGAACCAGGUCAAAUUAGCGGUGGUGAAGAAUCACCAGGUAUUUUGAGUGACGACCAACCACCAGAGUCGCCAUGUGAUUCUAAUGAUUCCGAUGAAACUGCAAAGAACUUGCCGUGGCUGCGACCGGUAAUUGCAUUUUUGAACUCAUUCAACUACUACUGUGACCACCAGAACUACUGUCAUCCCUACUGCUAUCGGAGGCAUAUGCGGGCAGCCACACGAUUAGUGAAAGCCGUACGAAAGGUGUACGGAGAAGAAUUUGGCUUGAUUCCCAUGGCGUUCACCCACGUUACAGAAUCAGGGAAGAGCAGUGGUCGGCGAGAUCGAUCCAAACAAGGCCGGAAGGUAUCCGAUCAAAGCUCUUCGCAAACAUCACCAUCACGUAGAAAAGACAGUAUCUCUAAACGCGACAGAAUCAUUCAAGACGAUUCAGAGCCAAAUACGUCACAGUAUUCACAGCGCACUGAUGAGAGCAAGAAAUCUCAAGAAUCCCCAUUGAUUAUGAAGUACAUAAAAAAUCACGUGCGAGAUAUGUUCCAUGUGCCAAUAGCAACCCUUGUGAAGGGAGCUUCCGUACUGACCGAGGAACAAUUCAUAGAAGUUAUACCGGUAGCGUGGGAACUUUUACUCGAAUCCAACCAAGAAGUAUCGGCAGCCUCGGCCGCUUUGUUCAUCUUGGCCUCGGUCAAAGCACCUACCACAGCAUCCGAACUGAUGCAGCGUGCCAUGAAGCAUAAGAAUCCGAACGUACGCGUGGAAGCCAUGCUUAGAUAUCAUGUACUGUGGAAAAAUCGCUUCCAAGUGUGGCCCCGAAUGGAGGAAGGAGCUCAUCUAUCUUUCAAAGUGCCGCCACCCGGCAUCGAGUUUACACUUCCUUCGCCUAAGAUUGGCAUUGAGAGUUUGCCCGUGGUCGAUCCGCCUUGGAGUCCUCGCCAACAAAAUAAGGACAUGGAAGUGACGCUAAACCAGGAGAGACAUCGAUCCCUAGUCACGGCGACCAAAACUCGCAAAAAGCAACAAACGGAAGCGAUACGGCACGCCAUCCAGCAGCAAGAAGAUAAGCAACGCUCCGAGCGGCAAAGUUUCCUCAUCACCACUAUCCCAAUCACACAGCAGGCAGCAUACGAGCCAGGUCUCGAUCAUGGCCCUGGCGAGGAUCACAUAGAAGAGGAAGAGGAUGGCGCCCGAUCAGCGAUCCACAUGCAUGCCGCCCACUCUGUCUUCCCCUCGUGUUUGUGUUCUUCGGUAAUGCAAAUCGUGGCCUGUCUCGAUGAUGCCGCUGUCAAUGCAGACGGUCAAGCCGUCUACGAGACAGCCUACCAAGUCAUUUGGAUAUGUCUGGUGGAGGAUUCGGCCCUAUUUUUGCGAUACGUGCUCGAAAGGCUUACCAGAGACCACCAGGAUCAGAUGUUCAAAUUGCUGCGACAUUUGAUUCGUUUCGUGCCCAGACUGCCACAGCAAGCAGCGUUUGCACUGUAUAACUACAUCAUAGGAUAUGUUAUGUUCUAUGUUCGAUCCACACACGAGUGCAGUCAACAGUUGGUAGGAUCAGCUUUAUCAGUGUUGUGGAUGGUGGUGCACAGCGUACAUGGCAUAAUGUUCAAAGACUUAAAACAGAUCUUAAGGAAAGAGCAGUGUGAUGCAUCUAUUCUUUUGACUGCCAACGUACCGUCUGCCAAAAAGAUUAUCGUUCAUGGACCAGAAGAUGAAGGAGGUAUACCAUCUCAGUUCCCAGUUCAGGAGGAUACCCAAUUUACUCAGCUGCUGACAGAGUCGCUAGAUUACUUCGGUAUCGACGAAAAGAAGCUCAACCAAUUCGUACUGGUGGACUACAAAACGCAACAGAUAUUGAAUCCCAACUGGUACGUGCGAGAUUGGUACUUCUUUAAACGGUCACAAUAUCCACAGCUAAAGUUAAUCGAAAUGAAACCAGAAGAAGCUUUCAAUGCACUACAGAAACAAGAAUUGUACAAAAAGUUUGUGGAAAUCGGGAAAGUGCAUUUGACCUGGGCAAUUUUGAAGAACGUCGACAUGGUCGUACAGCGAGUGGUAUUCCUACACGAGGAACUCAUGAAGUUACCAUCGUUUCCGAGAAAGGCUUUGGAGGUGGAUUUGGACCUUCACCAAGGAGGAGAGUUCGGGAAAGAAUUGCUUGGACUGGACGUGCUGCACAAAUUCAUGUGGGUGCGGCUUAUUGCCAGAAUGUUCGAAGCAAUGGCUGGUAACUUUGCAUAUUCUGCGGAUAUUCAGUUGUUCUUGAAUGUGCUUUCUGGCGCUGCAUUGUUGCAUUCAGAAGAUUCGUGCAUCAUGCGAUAUGUCACUGCAACUUUCAUCAACGCAGCCUUUAAUUUUAAGAACAUUUUCUCCACAAACGGAUAUUUUAUGAUAAUGCCUACAUUGCUGCAAGUCUAUUCACUACACCAAACGAACAAAUUGGUAACGACCACGAUAGAAUACGCCGUAAAACAGUUCUACCUGCUUAAUCGGAAACCCUUCAUUCUGCAAAUGUUCGGUUCGGUAUCGGCUAUUCUCGAUACGGAUGAAGAUGGUAUUUAUGGUGAAGCCCACAAGGUGCAGUCCAGUUGCCUGUUCAACCUGUUGCUGAGCUUGGAGACACCUUCGCCAGAUCCCUUGAACAUUGCUGAGUUGGUCAAAGAACCCAAACCUUUGAAGGCUAUUGAUUUCUGCUAUCACGACGAAGACGAGAUGGUAACUGUGUUGGACUGCAUAACUCUAUGUGUCAUGGUUGUGUCGUAUUCAGCCGAGAGUACCAGAGGUUAUCAGAUGCUGAUAAUUUUGGAAGCAAUUCUACCUUGCUAUAUGCAACAGAUCCAAUCGCCAAGCUAUGUUCCGCUUGAGGGAAAAUGUGAAAGAGACAUAAUCUUACAGUUGGCUGUUGCGAUUAGAACCAUGGUACACAAUUGCGAAGGACUUUCAAAGAGCUACAACGGACCGUUCCGCAACAGCCCGGAACACAAAGGAUCCAGUCAGAGAAACUGUUCCCGAGGACCACCUUGCUCACCUGGUCUCGAUUUCGAGGAAGACUCACACUCCAAAUAUGUCAGUGAUGUUGGCCGAACCAAGAUUCUGAACGAGUCCGUCGAAGACUCGGAAACCAUUAGAGCAGAGUACCGUAGACCCCGCGAUGUACUGCUGUCCGUAGUGGGCGAGUUUAUAACUCGUUCCACCACUCGGUUGAAUGAACUUUCACGGAAGCAAGGAGAGAGCAAACCGGUGGAACUCCUGGAUGUCAAAUGCCAUGUACGCUUGGCGGAAAUAGCUCAUUCCUUGCUAAAAGUUUCCCCGUACGAUCCAGAAUCGAUGGCCUGCCGAGGGCUACAGCGCUAUAUGCUGUGUAUUUUCCCCCGAGCUGAAUGGGCUGAUGAUCAUGGGAUGAAGCCGACCUUGGUCACCAUCUUACGCAGAUUGGAUAAGGUAUUUCUUAAGAUAUCCAAGAAGACUUCAGUGAGGCGCAACACUGAUUGGGAGGCUGCAGCCGGUCUGCUAAAAGGAGUAUACGAAUCCAUCGUUCGCUAUCCACAUGUUCUGCAAUGGCGGGAGAUGAAGUCACUGCUGACAACCAUUCAGAAUCUCAUCGUCAACGAACCCGGGAACUUCCCUGAAGGAGUGUCCAGCGCCGGAGCAGCUCUGAUGUCCAAGAGUCCACCAGCGUUCUUCUGUUCGCAGGUCGUGCGUUUGGUUGCCCUACAGGUUGUUAGCCCAGUGGACUCUAUGACGCUCGGGUUGGAACAAAUUUGUGGUGGAAACGCUGAAUUCCCCACUCAAGAAAAAGCCGAAGCAUUUUUGAUGCAUCUACUGAUGCCUUUAUGCCUCAAAGUUUGCAGUGGACGUAGCAUUUCCGAUAUCGGCGAACUCAAACAGUCUGAUAUAUCAUUCCUGGUUACGGCGGUUCUCAAUGCUAUGAGUCCCGUAGCUGGCCGAACUGCUCAGAUGCCGCAAAGCAAUCGAACCGGAGCAGACAUCCGUGCUGGAUCGCUGACCUUCACCGGAAGUCGUGAUGCUAAGCGGCCUGCAAAGAUUUCGAACUCUCUUUACCAGGCUACAUUUUUAGCGCUGCGUGUUCUGUGUAUUUGCUUCGAAUCUAGACUCUCGCAUGAAUGGCCCCGUAUUGUUCGGGUUAUGCGAGACUUGGGGCGACGCAACGAGGCUGCUCCGGAGCUGUGGAGUUUCUUAGAGUUCGUUGUAACCCAGAGAACCCCACUGUAUAUUGUUCUGAUGCCCUUCAUAUUACACAAGAUUUCCCAACCUCCAAUUGGAGAUCAUGAGCGGCAUAUGCAAUUUUUAAUUAGAGAGCGAAUGAGAGGUAUGGCAGCACCUGGAGGAGUAAAGUCAAGAGGUGCCAUUUUAUUGGAGUUGGCCAGAGAAAUCAGGGACCUGCGUGAAGAAUUGGAGGAAAAACGAUACGAUCGAGAUCCAGUGCCACAGGAAGCACCACGGCGCGAAACUUCGAACGUUCCAAUUCCUCAAGAGCUACCGAAGCACCAGCAGCGUCCAUCACUUAUUUCCAUGUUUACUGGAGGCCCACAAGCGCCGAGUUUCUCGUCGUUCCAACAAGAUUCUCGCAGUGGAACCGGGGUGUGUACCCCAAGCGAUACACUGUCCCAGCAAACGUUACAUGCACCUAGAGGUGAAUCGCUAUCCAGCUCCACAACUACCACCAAUAAGGAUAUCAUGAUGGCAGACAAUCAAAGCGGUGAUGGAAUCACGCUAACACCUGUGAAUGUCCCGGAAGGAUCAGUGAUUCGUCAGGUUCCUUUAUCGAGCAUUCUUACAGAAGGUGGAGCUCCCUUGCUUUCUCACUCAAUAUCCAUGCAACCAUCCAGUAAAGUUCAGCCUCCUAAACUCCGGUUUGUAUCUUCGGUUGAGUUCAAAACUUCCUCAGGUGAAACUUCUACAACGCCGCUCUCACCGGAUAGUUUGGCAGAUGAAAGUUCGGGGGAUAACCAGAAACACCGUCUACAACGCUCCCGUGCUCAAAGCCGCAAAACAUUCCGCUGUCGCCGAGGAACAACCCGCGGUAAUAAUCAUGGAACAGAACCUCAUCAGCCUCCACCGGUGUCAUCAGUGGUAGGCAGUCAUGCUCCGCCCACUGUUCCCAGUGAAUCACAUGAAAUCAUAAACAAAAACAUAACCGCGAUUGGGGAUCUUUCUUGGGACUCCGUAUCACAAACGUCGUCCACUUCGGGAUACCGUGACAACUAUAGUCUACAAACAGGGCUACUUUCACCGGACGGUUCACUGACCGGGACCGCCCUCGGUGGUCGCUCGUCCUCACAGCACUCGUUGUUGAUGCUGUUCGAAACGCAGGACGAAGAUACGUUGAUUUAAAACAUUUUAUAUACAUAUUACCAACGUUGUGUAUGUUUUUAAACGAUUUUAAUGCAGAUUUUAACCCUUUUCACCGUUAGUUGUUAUAGUAUUGUCAGAUUUCUUGAAACGUAAACACCGCGCGGUCGUUGAAAUGUUUCAAAAAGGGGCUUUGCACAAAAGUUCACGCGGUCUAUCGUUUUCGAAAGGAACAGCCGCGCCGUAGGAAACGCCGCAAUGUUAUUUCCCAUAAGCAUGAAGUAAA